AUGAGUGCAGCAAAAAAAGCAAAAACAGAUAGUGGAAGAUCAUUCCAAGAGGCCUGGACAGAGUCAUUUGGAGUGAUUGAACGCAAUGGGAAAGCGUUAUGCAUUCUCUGUAAUGAAACUGUUGUUUGUCGCACAUCAAGUGUCAGACGGCAUUUGGACACCAACCACAAAAGUGUUGCCGCACUUGGUGAAACUGAAAGAAAAGAGUUUCUUGAAGGGAAAUUAAGAAGCUAUCAAUCCCAGUACCGUAGUUUUUCCAACUACCUUUCUAAAACAAAUCAUCUGACAAAUGCCAGUUUUCAAAUUUCACUAUGCCUAGCAAAACAUGGUAAGCCCCUCUCUGAUGGGGAUAUGAUAAAAAUGGCCAUGCUGUCUGGGAGUAAUUCCCUUUUCCACGAUUUCCCAAACAAGGAUAAGAUUAUUCAGCGCAUCUCUGAGAUGCCACUUAGCAGAAAUACUGUUAAAGACCGAGUCCAGCGCAUGGCAAGUGAUGUUAGUCAGCAGCUCACCACUGACUUACAAAAGGCAGCCUGUUACUCCAUGUGCUUGGACGAAAGCACAGAUAUAAAUAAUCAUGCAAGGCUAGCAGUAAUUAUGCGUUAUGCUGCUGGUGACAUUAUGAGAGAAGAGCUGGUGAAACUAGUGUCUUUGCAUAAAAGAACACAAGGGAUAGAUAUCUACAAUGCUGUGAUGGAGGUUUUUUUGUCACAAGACAUAAGACCAGAAAAAGUGGUUUCAAUUACUAGUGAUGGGGCGCCUUCUAUGGUGGGGGCAACAUCUGGUUUCAUACAGUUCUUUGUUAAAGAAACGAAACAUGAAGUCAUUCAGUUCCAUUGCAUUAUACACCAAGAAGCUCUUUGUGCCAGGGAAAGCAGCAAUAAAUUUGACGAUGUCCUCCAAGAUGUCACAAAAAUGGUGAAUUACAUCAUGGCUCGCGCUCUGAAUUGUCGACAGUUUCAAGCACUUCUUGAGGAGGUUCAGGCCCAGUAUAAUUAUUUACUUAUGUACAAUAAUGUACGGUGGCUGAGCAGAGGACGAGUCCUGGAGAGAUUUGUAGCCUGUUUGGAUGAAAUUAGGCUCUUUAUGAAUGAAAAAGAGCAGGAAUAUCCACAGCUCACUGAUAUGGCCUGGCUUACCAACCUCAUGUUUUUUACAGAUUUUACACUGCAUUUCAAUGUACUGAACAAACAACUGCAAGGUGUAGGGAAAACAGCAGAAAGAAUGUUUUGCGAUAUCAAAACAUUUGAGAGAAAACUACAGGUUUUUGAAAGAGACCUUGAAAGUGGGCAGCUAAAAUAUUUUCCAAAUCUAAAAAAGCAUUUAGAAAAUGCUACAGCAUUUGCAGACAAUCCUACCAGCCACCAGGAAAUCUACAAGGAAUUUUCUAGCAUCCUAGCAGCUGUGAUGGUGAAUUUUAGUAAAAGAUUUUUACAAUUCCGUAAAUUGGAGACAACCCUGUGUUUUCUCACUUCUCCAGAUAAAGCCAAAUUUGAAGAACUUGAUCUUUCCUGCUUAGACUGGUUAGACUUAGGAAGUCUAGAAAUGGAGCUAUUGGAAUUUCAAGAAAGCUCUAUCUGGAAAAAUAAAUUCUCUGACCUGCAUGAAACACUUGAGAAGAUGGAAGGGAUGACCAAGGACAGCACAGUUAGUUCUGAAAAUGAGAUCCUUAAAGUGUGGAAUUCCCUGCCAAAUAACUUUAAGUCUAUGAAAGCACUUGCGAUUGCUUUACUUACUUUGUUUGAAUCAUCUUAUGCUUGUGAGCAGCUUUUUUCAGCUUUGAAUUAUAUCAAAUCUGACAUCAGAAAUAGACUAACAGACGACCUCAGUGCUGCAUGUGUUGCUCUCAAACUUACAAAGUAUGAGCCAAGAUUUGACAAAUUGUCAGCAUGCAUACAACUGCAAAAAUCACAUUAA